AUGCCUUAUAGAGUGGCGACUGGCUAUCGUGAAAAGAGCACCGACGAUGAUUUGAUAUGGAGAAGGCCAAUAGUAAAGGAGGAGCUUGAAGAUGCUGACAGUUUCUUAAUGGAGGAAACCAGACCAUAUGAUAAAGCCAAGAAUGAGAGAGCAGCAUCACGCUUGGACUACAUAGUCAUGCCCAUCAUUUUCACUGUACUGGGUAUGUUUACUAGAAUGUAUAAAAUUGGGCGUAACAAUCAUGUGGUUUGGGAUGAAGCUCAUUUUGGUAAGUUUGGCUCUUACUACCUGAGACACGAAUUUUAUCAUGAUGUUCACCCCCCCCUCGGAAAGAUGCUUGUUGGACUGUCUGGUUAUUUGGCUGGCUAUAAUGGUUCUUGGGACUUUCCAUCUGGAGAAGUCUAUCCCGAAAAUGUAAAUUAUGUCAAAAUGAGAUUGUUUCAGGCAACGUUUUCAUCUCUCUGCGUACCAUUGGCCUAUUUUACAGGGAGGGCUAUCGGAUUUUCUAGGAUGAGUGUUUGGCUAUUUACAAUUCUGGUAAUUUUUGAGAACUCUUAUGCAACAUUAGGUAAAUUCAUCCUCCUGGAUUCGAUGCUACUUUUUUUUACCGUAUCUUCCUACUUUUGUCUUGCCAAGUUCCAUACUGUGAGAAGGGUCCCAUUUUCGGUUAAGUGGUGGCUGUGGUUAUGCCUCACCGGGUUAAACCUGGGUUGCGCGAUAUCUGUGAAAAUGGUAGGCCUUUUCAUCAUUAGUGUAGUAGGUAUUUACACCAUCGUCGAACUAUGGAACCUCUUAAGUGAUAAAUCGGUAACUUGGAAGGAUUACGCCAACCAUUGGCUGGCAAGAAUAUUUGGCCUUAUCAUUAUUCCAGUUUGCGUUUUUUUGCUAUGUUUUAAAAUUCAUUUUGAUUUGCUAUCCAAUUCAGGACCAGGGGACUCUACCAUGCCGUCGUUAUUCCAAGCUAGCCUCAACGGUACGAAAGUGGGUAAAGGACCACGUGAUGUUGCCUUAGGGUCUUCCAUUAUCUCCAUAAAAAAUCAAGCAUUAGGAGGUGCCUUAUUACAUUCCCAUGUUCAACCAUUUCCCGAAGGUUCCGAGCAGCAACAAGUGACUGUCUAUGGAUAUAGUGAUGCUAACAACGAAUGGUUUUUCCAAAGAGUCAGGGGGGCCGAGCCUUGGACUGAUGCUGAAAAUAAUACUGUUGAAUUUAUUAAGGGUGGCGGAAUGUAUAGAUUGCUACACCGUAUUACAGGCAAGAAUCUACAUACCCACGAAAUUCCGGCUCCUGUAUCGAAAAGUGAAUAUGAAGUUUCUGCUUACGGAGAUGUUGACUUAGGUGACUACAAAGAUAACUGGAUUAUAGAAAUUACGGAGCAAGUGGGGAAAGAAGACCCAACACUUUUGCAUCCUCUAUCUACGUCUUUCCGUAUCAAGAAUUCUAUAUUGGGAUGUUAUUUAGCUCAGUCCGGCAAACAUUUACCAGAAUGGGGUUUCAGGCAAGGAGAAGUUGUCUGUUUGAAGCAUACCUCCAAAAGAGAUAAGAGAACCUGGUGGAAUAUCGAAACACAUGAAAAUGAAAUAUUACCACAGGCAAAGGAUUUUGUGUAUCCAAAAACCUCGUUCUUCAGAAAGUUCAUGCAGCUAAAUUCGGCAAUGAUGGCAACGAAUAAUGCCUUGGUACCAAACCCCGAAAAGUUUGAUGGAAUAGCUUCAUCCGCUUGGCAAUGGCCAACCCUGAACGUCGGAAUAAGAUUAUGCGAGUGGAGUGAAAAAUCUAUAAAAUACUUUUUGAUAGGAUCUCCUGCGUCUGUCUGGCCCUCAAGUAUUGCAGUUUGCGCACUGGUAAUACACGUUAUAUCUUUAAUUCUAAGAUGGCAAAGGCAAUGCGUUGUUCUGUCUGAUCCAGUUGGACGCGAUGUGUUCUUUAUGGCGGCCGUCUAUCCGUUACUUGCCUGGAUUUUGCAUUAUAUGCCAUUUGUAAUCAUGUCAAGAGUUGUAUAUGCUCAUCACUAUCUGCCCACUCUUUACUUUGCCUUAAUGAUCUUGUCAUAUUACUUCGAUAUGAUUACCAAACGCUGGGCCACAAAAAAGAAUACUGGAAAACUACUUAGACUCAGCGCUUAUAUUGCAUACGGAUCAUUGGUCAUUACUGGUUUUUUUUAUUUUUCUCCAUUCAGCUUUGGGAUGGAUGGUCCAGUAGAAGAUUAUGCGUACUUGGCAUGGCUACCUACGUGGCAAAUUGUUGAAGAUAUACGUAAUAGAUAG